UCUGUGUGUCAGUCUGGCGUCAGUGUGCUCUGUGCUCUGUGGUAAAGGAGACGGAAGUGAUAGAGGAGGACUUCCCUCCGGACAAUAAUUCAAUCAUUUUUAACAGAGCACAGCCGCUUUCACAGACAUGUCUACAGCAUAUAAAAACAGAAUACAGGAAUUUAAAGUGGCACUGAGUGAAGAAAACAUCAAUUUGAAGACCUUGCGAGAGUUAUGCUUCAAUGGUAUCCCAUUUGAAGGAGGUAUACGAGCACUUUGUUGGAAAAUUCUCCUCAAUUACUUACCUCUUGAUCAGACGGUAUGGGAAUCUUUCUUAAAAAAGCAAAGGGAGGUGUACUCACAAUUUUUAAAAGAAAUGAUCAUCCAACCCGGUAUUGCUAAAGCAAAUUUGGGCCUUUCUCGAGAGGAUGUGACAUUGGAGGAUCAUCCUCUGAAUCCAAACCCUGAUAGUAGGUGGAAUACCUACUUCAGAGAUAAUGAGAUUCUUCUUCAGAUUGACAAAGAUGUGAGGCGGCUAUAUCCUGACAUGGCAUUUUUCCAGCGGCCGACUGACUACCCAUGCCAGCUUAUUUUAGAUCCUCAAAAUGAUUAUGAGACACUUAGGCGACGAGUGGAACAAACUACCUUGAAAGCACAAACUGUCAAUCGCAACCGCAGUGGAGUCACAAAUGUUAGCUCUCCUGGAAAAGCUUUGAACCUGUAUCCAUCCAAUGAAUAUGAAGUACUGCCCAAUGGAAGUGAAGCACAUUGGGAGGUUGUGGAGCGAAUCCUGUUCAUUUACGCCAAGCUGAACCCAGGCAUAGCUUAUGUACAGGGCAUGAAUGAAAUUGUUGGCCCAAUAUAUUAUACCUUUGCAACAGAUCCCAACAGCCAGUGGAAAGAGCAUGCUGAAGCAGACACUUUCUUCUGUUUUACAAACCUGAUGUCCGAAAACAGAGACAACUUCAUUAAGAGCCUGGAUGAUUCGCAGUGUGGCAUCACUUACAAGAUGGAAAGUGUGUACUCAAUGCUAAAAGAGAAAGAUUUAGAACUCUAUCUGAAAUUGGAGGAGCAGAACAUCAAACCCCAGUAUUUUACAUUCCGCUGGCUGACCCUGUUGUUAUCACAGGAGUUCCUUCUGCCAGAUGUCAUCCGGAUUUGGGACACCCUGUUCUCAGAUCUGGACCGUUUCCAUUUCCUGAUUGUCGUCUGCUGUGCAAUGCUAAUACUCAUCAGACAAAACUUGCUUGCAGGGGACUUUACUGUGAAUAUGAGGUUAUUACAGGAUUAUCCAAUCUCAGAUGUACAAACCAUUUUGGCUAAAGCCAAAGACCUGCGGGAUAACUCCUAACAUCAGUAAAACCCCAAACUACUUUUGUAUUUAGUAGUCUGCUGACUGCCAUAGGAAUAGGACGGAAAGCUGAAGUAUUGUUUUGUGUGCGAUGAGCUGAUGGCCACAAGUUGAAUGUGGUUAUCCUCUUCAAGCCAUUUCUCCCAUGGAGAUUUCUUAUCCUCUAAGAAUGAUGUUUGCUACAUUAAUCUUACACUACCAAUUUCAGUACAUCAACAUGCUGGAAAUGUUCAGUAAUGAAGCCAACAGCGAUGCCACUUGUUUUGUGUAUCAAAUAUUUAUAGUUUAAGCAAUAGUGCAUGUUUGUUUUUAAACUUUUUUUUAAAGGAUUUUUUAAAUGUAACAAGUCAGCCUUAUUUUGUAGUACUCAUGUGAAAUGAGAGACAGUAUUUGUAUUGCCUUGUAUUGCCUUGUUGUGAUAUUACUGAAAUGUCACAACCAGCUUGUAUUUAUUGAGCUUCAAGUCUCAAAUCACAAUGCAUCUCAUUUGCCGAAAUAUUCUACUACUCUGUGACUGAGCAUGUUUACUUUCAUUUACGAACAAUGCCACAUGUUUUAACCAGUUUUUGUUAAGCGUUUUAACAAAUUUAAGACAUCUUGAGGUAUUAUGUUAAUUUCACCCAUGCAUGAAUAGGUUUUUGAAGAAAAGUAAAUGAUCUACAUCAAACAUUUCAUACAUCUGAAUGUAAAUGUGAUUGUCCAAGCGUAUUCCCAACCUUUUUAAUCUUCUGUUUUCUCAAAAACUACAUAUCCCUAUGUUCUCAGUUAUAUAUUUUGAAAAAAGCACCCAAUGUUCCAAUGUC